AUGGGCCGUGCGCGGCUGCCAGCGCUCCUGAAGGGGGCCUGUGUGCCCGGGCGGCCGCCCUCCUUAUCUUUUAUCUCCUGCCCGCGCCAGAGCUCCUGUUUGUCCGGGGUGUUUUGCCGACUUCUCUCCUUCGGCGGCUCGGACAAAAUUUGCCGGCUGCCGGCUGAUGGGAAACAACCGUCUUCUUGUGCCUCGGCCGUCCUGUCUUCUCUCCAGGCCACGGGGGAGAAAACGUGUCUUUGUGGCCUCCCUUCAAUAGCUUUCUGCAUCCAAACGCCUCGUGGGCUCUGGCAGGAGCAGCCCGCGAGCCUCUGA